AUGGGUAAACACGAGGCGUUGACCCCGAAGGCGAUCGGGAAGAAGAUCAAGUCGAAGGGUCUGCAGAAGAACUCCCGGAGCCUAUUAUCAGAGCUUGAGAUGAGCGAACAGGCGAUGCCGUCGAUCGCGGCUUUGACGCCCACGAGAGACGAUAAGCCGAUGCCAUCAGGAUAUUGUGCCCCAUAUUCGGGAACUGUUUGUCGCCGUUAUAUUCCCAACAAUUCUUUGGUGUACUUUAAUCUAACCACCGAUGACUUCGGGGUUCACAUACCUCUCAAUGAAAUGAUUGCUCAAAAUCUGUGGACAGAACUGAUAUCAUCGCUUCAGGAGCCGUGUCGGAGCGCUGCGGAGACCCUGUUCUGCAACUAUGCGUUCCCUCAGUGCCACUACACUCAGGGCUCUCCCGUCAGCAAAACCCUGUGCAGAGAGGACUGCAUAGCCGUCAGGGAAUCGCUUUGCAAUCGCGAGUGGGCUCUACUCGAGGACAACAAACAAAAGGGUAUUUUCUUCAAAUCUCGCGGACACUUCCGGCUCCCCGACUGCGAUCUCCUCCCAAGUCAUGCCAAUCUCACAGACCCUCCCUGUUCUCACGCCAGUCUCACUGUCCUCCAGACCGAUCAGGUCACCUAUAGCUGCGCCAAAGGCAGGGGACGUUACUAUCAGGGAAGGGUUAAUGUGACCAAAGAGGGCAUACCGUGCCAGAAGUGGGAUAGUCAAGUGCCUCACACUCACAAUAGGCCUCCCUUUGUGUUCCCAGAGAUUUGGAAUUCAGAUAACUAUUGCAGAAAUGCGGGCGGAGAGGAACCGCAUCCUUGGUGCUACACAUCCGACCCACUGGUGCGUUGGCAACACUGUCACAUCCCUUCUUGCGGUAACUAUUUGUCCAUUAAAUCAGAAGCAAUUCAUGUGAAAAGCGAAACAAUUCAGUCGGAAGAGAUGGCUCACAACAACAACGAGACCGUCGACCCGACACUAAUCGAGAUCUUCUCGACUCCACUCCAGUCUAACUUUAAUCCGCCACUAAUUCUCAUAUUGAGCUCAAUUGUUGUGUUAAUCUUUGGCUGCCUUUUAGUCAUAAUACUAACCGUUUGUCGUCUAAAUAAGCACCGGAGGAGAGGCUAUAACGCAGCCCUCACUACAGAUGUGGAGAUCGACCUAAACAAACUGCCCUCCAAUUUCGCCUACCACUCCACUUCAGUCAAAUUGAAUCCCAAAUUAGAAGCCUUAGAAUAUCCCAGGAAUGACAUCAUCUAUAUCAGAGACAUCGGUGCCGGCGCUUUCGGCCGAGUCUUUAUGGCAAAGGCGCCAAACCUAGUGAAGGGCGAAGAGUUGACACUAAUAGCUGUGAAAAUGUUGAAAGAAGAGGCCACCGAAGACCUCGUGAGCGACUUCGAGAGAGAGGCUUCUCUGAUGUCUGAUUUCGAUCACCAGAAUAUUCUGAAGCUGUUGGGCGUGUACCUCGUGAGCGACUUCGAGAGAGAGGCUUCUCUGAUGUCUGAUUUCGAUCACCAGAAUAUUCUGAAGCUGUUGGGCGUGUGUGCGGUCGGGAAGCCCAUGUGUUUGUUGAUUGAGUAUAUGGGAAGAGGAGAUCUGAACGAAUUCUUGAGAUCGUGUUCGCCAUCCAAUUACAUCAUAAGAGCCCCCAAUAGUGACAGCUAUAAUGACAUUCGUCUGAAUCACAUGGAUUUGGUGAACAUCGCCCGACAGAUAGCCGCGGGAAUGAUAUACCUGUCCGACCGUAAGUUCGUUCACAGAGAUCUGGCCACGAGAAACUGUUUGGUCAGCAACCAAAUGGUGGUUAAGAUCGCAGACUUUGGUCUCUCGCAGAAGAUCUAUACCUCCAACUACUACAAGGGCUCAGAACACGACGCCGUUCCUAUUCGUUGGAUGCCUUUGGAGUCGAUUCUGUACAACAAAUUCACGAUUGAAACCGAUUGCUGGGCCUAUGGGGUACUGCUUUGGGAGAUCUUCUCGUUUGCUUUGCAGCCAUACUAUGGUAUGACUCACGAAGAAGUAGUCAAAUAUGUGAAAGAAGGCAAUGUUCUCGUGUGUCCCGACUCGUGUCCGCCAGCCAUCUAUCAACUCAUGAAAAUGUGUUGGAAUAAGAAGCCUAACAAUAGGCCG